AUGCCUAGUAAUACUAGUGAGAGAAAUGAGGUUGUGAUUAAGGUUGAGAUAGUUGGUGAUCCUAAAAUCGGUAAAACUAGUUUGAUGUGUAAAUUUACUGAAGGUGAUUUUGAUGUAUUUUAUGACCAAACCAAUA